CACUUUUGUGGUUAACCACGUUAUCGUUCCUUUUCCUUCGACCACGUUAGCUGUGUGCUGUGUUAGUGAGCUUCGGUGAAAUUUUGUUAUAAUGGCACCUAAAGGGAACAACAUUAUCCCCAACGGACACUUCCAUAAAGAUUGGCAAAGAUUUGUUAAAACUUGGUUUAACCAACCCGCCCGAAAAAUUCGAAGACGACAAAAUCGAAUCAAAAAAGCAAAUGCCAUUGCUCCAAGGCCUGCAAAAGGGCCGUUGCGUCCUGUGGUAAGAUGUCCAACUGUACGUUACCAUAAUAAAAUCCGUGCUGGUAGAGGUUUCACUCUUCGAGAGUUGAAGACUGCAGGUAUCAAUGCACGUUUUGCUAGGACCGUUGGGAUUGCUGUUGACCAUCGUAGAAGGAAUAAGUCUCUUGAAUCAGUUCAAUUGAACGUACAGAGGUUGAAGGAAUACAAAUCGAAACUUAUUUUGUUCCCAAUUCACAACAAGAAGAAAUUGAGACAAGGAGAAGCUAACGAAGAAGAGAGGAAGGUUGCAACUCAGUUGCUCACCCAAGUGAUUCCAAUCCGUCAACCCUCUGCCAAGCUUAAGGCUAGGGUGCCAACUGAAGAAGAAAAGAAGUUCAGUGCAUAUAAUACCCUGAGGAAGGCUCGUGCAGAUGCCCGAUUGAUUGGAAUUCGUGCCAAGAGAGCUAAAGAUGCCGCAGAAAAUGAGGAUGUGACAAAGGCUGGUAAAGAUAAGAAAUCAAAGAAAUAAUGUUUCUUUUGACAAAACAUUUUGUGUAUUAAAUAUAGUAUCUCACUAAA